AUUUUAGUAACUUAAAACACAUUGUAAAAUUGAUAUAUUUUACUGUAAUAAGUGAAUAAAUAUAAUGACUGCGAAGAUAGAUCAGAAGGCGUAUUUACAAAAAUAUCUUAGCGGUCCAUCUGGAGACAAAAAGAAAAAGAAGAAGAAAGUUGUUAAAGGCAAAGGUUUCAGAAUCAUAGAUGAUGAUUUAGAUUUAACCAAAUUAAGACCUCUUGAUGGUGAUGAACUUGAUAUACUAGAUGAAGGCGAGGAUGCACCACAAAUAGCUGGAAUCAUUGAUGAUAGACCAGAGGAGCUGAAGAAGUUGGAGCAAUUCAAGACCAAUUCAAAAUGGAAAGUUGUCAGUCAGGAUGAUGGUUUCAAUAGCAAAUUGCAAAUACAAGAAAUAAAAAGGGAUGUCAAAGAAACAGAAAAAGAGAAUGAGAUUAUAUUUGGGAAAAUGUACAGUGAUUCAGAAGAUGAAAAGAAAAAUGAUUCAGAUCUGUCACCACCUAGAAAAACAGAAAAAGAUGGUCAAAAACAUACUUCAUCUGCUAAAAAGCACCAAAAUCAUUGUGAUAGUGACUUUAGUCCACCUAGAAAAGGGAGAGAAGCACCGUCAAAGAAAACUAAAUCGGAAAACAGAAAAGAAUAUGAUUCUGAUUUGUCACCACCUAGAAAACAAAAUGUACAGAGUACAAAAGAUAUUAAAAAACCAAGAAAACCAAGUAGAUGGGGUGAUGCUGAAGAUACUGAGAGAAGACACAAUUCAUCACCCAAGAGAAGAUCUCGGUCACCUCCACUGUAUAAAAGACAAUCAGAUUCAGAUGUUUCACCUCCAAGAAAGCAGCAGAAAUCUGGAAAACAAAAGACUUAUGAUUCUAAUCGUUCUCCAUCUAGAACAUCCAGAAAACAUUCCCCGAAACGUAGACCUAAAUCACCAGAUUCUGAUAUUUCACCACCAAGAAAAAGAAAACAAUCACCUGAAAGACCUAGGAAUGAUAAAUAUCGAAAUAGUAAUAAGAAAAACAACAAGAAAUCUUAUGAAGAUUCUGAUACUGAUUUAUCACCACCUAGGAAAAAUAGAAGACAAAGAUCACAAUCACCUCCUAAUAAAUAUAGGAAACAUUCACCUGACAUCAAUCGUAGAAGGAAAGAUAGUGAUUCUGAUCUGUCACCCCCAAGAAAAGAUAAGAAUUCUAUGAGAGAAAGAUAUAGAAGAACUAGUAACAGUCCACCUCCAACCAAUAAAAAAAUGGCGAGAACAUUAGAAGGAAAGAUGGCAGGAUUGCAGAAUGCAAAGCAAUUGAAAGAGGAAAAUGAACAAUUCAGGAGAAAAGAAGAUGAAGCAUUCAAUAGAAUGGCUGAUGAUGUAUCUGGAAGGAAUGCUCAAGUAGUCUCUAGAAAAGUUAAAAGAGAAACUUCUGAAGAUAGACAAAAACAGAGGGAAAAAGCUGAAAGGCAGAAACAAUUAGAUGAAAAAUACAAAAAGUGGAGUAAAGGUUUAAAACAAAUUGAGGCACAAGAAUCACGUGUGCAGGAGUUCCUGCAUGAGGCGUCGAAGCCUCUCGCACGGCACAAAGACGAUCGCGACUUAGAAGAUAGUCUCAAACAUAUCGAAAGAGAUGGUGAUCCAAUGUUGCAGUAUAUCAAGCAGAAGAAGAGAGAAAGGGGAGAGUUGGGUCCAGAAAUGCCGUCAUACAAAGGCAGUUUCCCCCCAAACCGCUUCAAUAUAAGACCAGGCUACCGUUGGGACGGUGUAGACAGAUCAAAUGGUUACGAAAAGAAAUAUUUCGCCCAACAGAGCAAGAAGAAAGCGCAAGAGGAAGAGGCCUAUAAAUGGAGCACUGAAGAUUUGUAAAUAGAUUGUGUAUAU